CUAGGCUCUCAAUAACAGGAGAAAGUUUUCUUCUAUCAGAGACAAAGACCGGAAGAGGUCUGGUUACUGGACUUGAUUUAUUUUACUGGUCUGGAUUUUAUUUAUUGUACUGGUCUGGACUUGAUUUAUUUUACUGGUCUGGAUUUUAUUUAUUUUAUUGGUCUGGACUUUUUUUAUCUUACUGGUCUGGACUUGAUUUACUUUCACGGUUUGAACCCAGAUGGACUAAACCAGUUCAAGAGCAGGACUUUGGUUGUACUUCUUUGUGGAUUCUGGUCUCAUAAUGGCAGCAGAGAGACCCCGUCAGGGGGACUGUAUCCCAGGCUUCGCUCUGGUGGUCUCGCUCCUCCUCGUCUCGCCGUGCGUCUCUCAGCGUGAGAAGGGGAUCCCCAUCCCAGAUCACGGCUUGUGUCAGUUAAUUUCCGUGCCGCUCUGCAUGGACCUGGUUUACAACCAGACCAUCAUGCCCAACCUGCUGGGACACACCACCCAGGAGGACGCCGGGCUGGAGGUCCACCAGUUCUACCCGCUGGUGAAGGUCCAGUGCUUCGUUGACCUGAAGUUCUUCCUGUGCUCCGUGUACGUGCCGGUCUGCACGGUUCUGGAUCGAGCCCUCCCCCCCUGCAGGUAUCUGUGUGAGCGGGCUCGGCUCGGCUGCGAGGAUCUCAUGAUCAGGUUUGGCUUCCAAUGGCCCGAGAGGCUCCGCUGCGAGGACUUCCCGGUCCACGGAGAGGGGCUCUGUGUGGGGAAGAACACAACAGACUCAGAAGACCCCACGUCAGACCCUGACCCCAACCUUUUCAAGGUUCUGACCCUACCGAGCCCCAACCAUCCCUUCUCCUGCCCCCGGCCACUCCAGGUGCCCCCUUACCUCAACUACCAUUUCCUGGGGGCGAAGGAUUGCGGUGCCCCCUGUGAGACCUCUGAGCCCAACGGACUGAUGUACUUCCGAGCGGAGGAGUUGAAGUUUGGCCGGCUCUGGGUCGGGAUCUGGUCCCUUCUGUGCUGCGUCAGCACCCUCUUCACCGUGCUCACGUACCUGGUGAACACAAGGCGCUUCAGAUACCCGGAAAGGCCGAUCAUCUUCCUGUCCGGCUGCUACUUCAUGGUGGCGCUGGCGUACGCCGCCGGCUUCCUGUUGGAGGACAAAGUGGUGUGCAGUGGUUUCAACAGGGGCGGAUACAAGAUGGUGGCUCAGGGCACCAGAGGGGACGGCUGCACCGUCCUCUUCGUGAUCUUGUACUUCUUCGGCAUGGCCAGCUCCAUCUGGUGGGUCGUCCUGUCCCUUACCUGGUUUCUGUCCGCUGGGAUGAAGUGGGGCCAUGAGGCCAUCGGGGCCAACUCGCAAUUCUUCCACCUGGCAGCCUGGGGGGUGCCGGCGGUUCAAACCCUCACCAUCCUGGAGAUGGGGCGGGUGGAGGGCGACCUGCUCACCGGCGUCUGCUAUGUGGGGGUCCAUGACGUAGAUGCCCUGCGGAGUUUCGUCCUGGCGCCGCUGCUCGUCUACUUCCUCGUCGGCUCUUCCUUCCUGCUGGCUGGCUUCAGAUCGCUGUUCCGCAUUCGAACCGUCGUGAAGCGCAGCCACACCGAGACGGCGGCGCUGGAUAGGCUGAUGGUGCGGAUCGGUGCAUUCGGCGUUCUGUAUGCGGUGCCCGCCGCCGCCGUCAUCGCCUGCUGCCUCUACGAGCAGGCCUUCAGGCCGCGGUGGGAGCGGACAUGGCACAUGAAAACCUGCGAGCACUUUGCUGUGCCGUGUCCCUCCGGGAACUUUGCACCGCUGACGCCGCACUUCACCGUGUUCAUGGUCAAGUACCUGAUGACCCUGAUCGGUGGAAUCACGUCCGGCUUCUGGAUCUGGUCCGGAAAAACGCUGCAGUCGUGGUUACAGUUUUGUAAGAGACUGAACCGCAUUAACCAGGAGUAGAGGACGGAGUAGAGAAUGUUCCAGAGGACGGAGUAGAGGACAGAGUAGAGGAAGGAGUAGAGGAACGAGUAGAGAAUGUUUCAGAGGACGGAG